ACGCCGCGCAGUGACGUCACGUCCGCUUGCGGGUUCGCGUCUGUGGGGCAGGGCGGGACGGAGUCAAAUGUAAAUACACCAGCUUUGCGGGUCCACGCUUGAGCCGCUGCGUUGGAACUCCGACCCUUGCUAAAUUCUAGCGAAAGAGGCAGGAACGGGGCUUCCUUCUGCGCCGGGGCCGCUUAACUGCACGCGGUGUCCAUGUUUGAAGAUGCCAGCUACUGCAUAUGAAAGAGUGGUUUACAAGAACCCCUCAGAGUACCACUAUAUGAAAGUAUGCUUAGAGUUUCAAGAACACGGAGUUGAGCUGAACGCAGCCCAAUUCAAACAGCUGCUUGUUUCGGCCCUGAAGGACCUGUUUGGGGAGGUUGGUGCUGCUUUACCUGUGGACGUCCUAACCUAUGAAGAGAAUACCUUGUCAGCCAUCUUGAGAGUGUGCAGCAGUGGUCUGACUAAAUUGUGGAGCUCUUUGACCUUGAUCGGAGCCUAUAAAAACAAGAAGUGUGCCUUUAGAGUGAUUCAGGUGUCUCCCUUUCUCCUCGCAUUAUCUGGUAAUAGCAGGGAACAAGUGCUGGAUUAAAUACUCUUACAGUUCCAGAAACCUCCACUCUCAACAGAAUCUUUUGGUAUCUACAUAGAUUGAAAAAAAAGAAGCAGGCUAAAGCCCCUAUUGAUGAUAUUUGGAGACACUGAAGAUGUUCUCUGUGAUUUCUGGUCAUCAUCGCUGGUGGAGUGGGCUUCAGAGGAGACUGUGGCAGAAUCACCUGGUCCCAGCAGGGCAGUGCUUUCAGUGUGUGCACAUAAGGGUUGGAGACCGUGCUGAGCUCAGCAGAGCCUUCACACAGCAGGAUGUGGCUACCUUCUCCAAGUUAACAGGAGAUGACAAUCCUCUGCAUCUAAGUGAAGAUUAUGCAAAACACACCAAGUUUGGAAAGACAAUUGUGCAUGGAGUUUUGAUAAGUG